GCUUUCUUCACCAAAAGUUUCCAUCCGUUUCUCGCUCGUUUUCUCCUCCCGUUCCUGUUGGAGAUCGAAAAGCACGAGCGAGAAGGAGAGUUAUUGACAUAGCUUUGAGAAUUGGGAGAUCGAAGAGGGAUUGACGUUGGAUCUCUUCUUCCUGCUCUGGAGGAGAUGAGCGGGAUCUGGGAGAGAACAACUAGGGCUUCCAGGACGUUGCGGGGCCGGGAUUCAUUUGGAUCCAGAGAUCUUGCCGGUAAUGGCGAUCGCUCGUCACGCACCAUCCGGCUUGGACGCGUCCAGCCACAGGCUCCCAGCCAUCGCACAAUCUAUUGCAACGAUCGUGAGGCUAACCUGCCCGUUAGAUACAAGGGAAAUUCAAUUUCGACAACAAAAUAUAAUGUGCUGACCUUUUUGCCUAAGGGUUUGUUUGAGCAGUUCAGGCGGGUGGCUAAUUUAUAUUUUCUUAUGAUCUCAAUUUUGUCUACUACGCCAAUCAGUCCUGUGCACCCCAUAACAAAUGUGGUUCCUCUCAGUCUUGUGCUUCUAGUCUCUCUUAUAAAGGAGGCUUUUGAGGAUUGGAAGCGCUUUCAGAAUGAUAAAUCAAUAAAUAAUGCCCCUGUUGAUGUACUGCAAAAUAAAAAAUGGGAAACCAUCCCCUGGAAAAAGUUGCAGGUUGGCGACCUUGUGAGGAUUAAGCAGGAUGGGUUUUUCCCUGCAGAUGUGCUUUUCCUAGCUAGCUCGAACCCUGAUGGUGUCUGUUACAUCGAGACUGCAAAUCUUGAUGGAGAGACUAACUUGAAAAUCAGGAAAGCAUUAGAGAGGACAUGGGAUUAUUUGCUUCCUGAGAAAGCUGCAGAAUUUAAAGGGGAAAUCCAGUGUGAACAACCCAACAACUCGCUGUAUACUUUUACGGGAAAUCUUAUUAUUGAAAACCAAACAUUACCACUUUCCCCAAAUCAAAUUUUACUGAGAGGAUGCAGUCUACGGAACACAGAAUACAUUGUUGGGACUGUACUCUUUACAGGCCAUGAAACAAAAGUUAUGAUGAAUUCAAUGAAUGUUCCUUCUAAAAGAAGCACCUUGGAAAGGAAACUAGACAAACUUAUACUUGCUCUUUUUGGCUGCCUCUUCUUUAUGUGCCUUAUUGGAGCCAUUGGAAGCGGAGUGUUCAUCAAUCGCAAGUAUUAUUACCUUGCGCUUAGUGGAAAUGUUGAGAAUCAAUUUAACCCCAGUAACAGAUUUGUGGUCACCAUUCUGACAAUGUUUACACUAAUUACUCUCUAUUCGACCAUCAUCCCUAUUUCACUUUAUGUAUCCAUUGAGAUGAUUAAAUUUAUCCAGUGCACUCAGUUUAUCAACAAAGAUUUGGACAUGUAUCAUAUUGAGAGCAACACCCCUGCAUUGGCCCGGACAUCCAAUUUGAAUGAGGAGCUUGGACAGGUGGAAUAUAUAUUUUCUGACAAAACUGGAACAUUAACGAGAAAUAUGAUGGAGUUCUUUAAGUGUUCAAUUGGUGGAGAGAUUUAUGGUACUGGUAUUACUGAAAUAGAACGGGGAAGUCUAGAACGGAAGGGAUUGAAAGUUAAUGAGGCAAACAAAUCAACUACUGCAAUUCAUGAAAAAGGUUUCAACUUUGACGAUGCAAGGCUUAUGCGUGGUGCUUGGAGAAAUGAGGCUAAUCCUGAGAUCUGCAAGGAAUUCUUCAGAUGCCUUGCAAUAUGCCAUACAGUUCUUCCUGAAGGUGAGGAAUCCCCAGAAAAGAUUGUGUAUCAAGCUGCAUCACCAGAUGAGGCUGCUCUUGUUACUGCUGCAAAAAACUUUGGAUUUUUUUUCUACAGGCGAACACCGACCUCAAUUGUAGUUCGUGAGUCACAUGUUGAAAAGAUGGGCAAAAUUCAAGAUGUUGUAUAUGAGAUUUUAAAUGUUCUGGAAUUUAAUAGUACAAGGAAGCGUCAAUCUGUUGUGUGCCGCUAUCCAAAUGGGAAGCUAGUUCUGUAUUGUAAGGGUGCCGAUUCUGUUAUAUAUGAAAGGUUGGCUGAUGGGAAUGAGGACAUAAAAAGAAUAAUGAGGGAACAUCUCGAACAGUUUGGAUCUGCUGGUCUACGUACACUUUGCCUUGCAUAUCGAGAAUUAAGUAGUGAAUUAUAUGAGAAAUGGAAUGAGAAAUUUAUUCAAGCCAAGUCCUCCUUAAGAGAACGUGAGAAGAAGCUCGAUGAGGUAGCAGAACUAAUUGAAAAAGAACUCACACUCAUUGGAAGCACUGCUAUUGAAGAUAAGCUUCAAGUUGGAGUGCCAUCUUGCAUAGAAACUUUGUCUAAAGCUGGAAUAAAGAUUUGGAUCUUGACAGGAGAUAAAAUGGAAACUGCAAUCAAUAUAGCCUAUGCAUGCAGCUUGAUUGACAAUGAAAUGAAGCAAUUUAUCAUAAGCUCAGAAACUGAUGCUGUCAGAGAGGUUGAGGAUAAGGGUGAUCCUGUGGUGAUUUCACGCUUUAUUAGAGACUUGGUUAAGACAGAAUUAGAGAGAUGCCUUGAGGAGGCACAGCAUGACUUGCAUACUUUAACUGGGCCUAAGUUGGCUCUUGUAAUUGAUGGAAAAUGUUUGAUGUAUGCUUUGGAUCCAAAUUUACGUGUGAAGCUGCUUAAGCUGAGUUUGAGCUGCACUGCUGUUGUUUGCUGUCGUGUUUCGCCUUUGCAGAAAGCACAGGUUACCAGUCUCGUCAAGAAAGGUGCUCGAAAAAUCACUCUCAGCAUCGGUGAUGGUGCCAACGAUGUAAGCAUGAUUCAGGCUGCCCAUGUUGGUGUUGGUAUAAGUGGACUUGAAGGAAUGCAGGCUGUAAUGGCUAGUGAUUUUGCAAUAGCUCAAUUUCGUUUUCUCACUGAUUUACUCCUUGUCCAUGGAAGAUGGUCAUAUGUCAGAUUGUGCAAGGUUAUCACUUACUUCUUCUAUAAAAAUCUUACUUUUACAUUGACCCAGUUCUGGUUCACCUUUCAAACUGGUUUCUCUGGGCAGAGAUUCUAUGAUGAUUGGUUCCAGUCAUUAUAUAAUGUCAUUUUCACAGCAUUACCUGUUAUCAUUGUUGGAUUAUUUGACAAGGACGUCAGUGCUUCUUUGUCAAAGAAGCACCCAGAGCUUUAUAAGGAAGGAAUUCAAAAUACGUUUUUCAAGUGGAGAGUAGUGGCAGUUUGGGCAUUCUUUUCUUUUUAUCAGUCAUUAGUGUUCUAUUAUUUCACAGUUACUGCUAGUCAAAAUGGUCAUAAUUCAUCAGGGAAGACAUUCGGGCUCUGGGAUGUCAGUACUAUGGCCUUUACUUGUGUUGUGGUAACUGUCAACUUGCGUCUUCUCAUGGCUUGUAAUUCUAUUACGAGGUGGCAUUCCAUAAGCAUUUCAGGAAGUAUUUUAGCCUGGUUUCUGUUUAUCUUCUUAUACUCUGCAAUAAUGACACCAUAUGAUAGACAAGAAAAUGUAUACUUUGUUAUUUACGUCCUGAUGAGUACAUUCUAUUUCUAUCUCACACUUUUGCAUGUUCCGGUUGUUGCUCUUCUUGGCGACUUCAUAUAUCUGGGGCUUCAGAGAUGGUUUGCCCCCUAUGAUUACCAAAUCAUUCAAGAAGUGUACAGAAAUAAUCCUGAAGAGAACACUAGGACAGAGCAUUUGGAGAUUGGUAAUCAUCUUACUCCAGAUGAGGCAAGGAGCUAUGCCAUUACUCAGCUUCCCCGGGAAACAUCCAAGCAUACCGGUUUUGCAUUUGACUCACCAGGCUACGAAUCGUUUUUUGCAUCACAGCAGGGAGUUUUUGCACCGCAAAAGCCGUGGGAUGUGGCCCGUAGGGCAAGUAUGAGACAACCAACACACCUACAAUAGAUUCUAAUUUUUUUUGGGUUAUGUAUAAUUUUUCCGAUUGACCUCAUGAGCAAAGCUUGUAUAAUCAAUUAAAUGUGUCAUAAUCUUAGUUUCUUUUUAUUGGUUUUGCAUUUGUCCUGUCUUUUGUUGCUAGGCAAAGUGAUGAUUCUUUAUAGAUGCCUUACUGUAGGUUGAAUUGGAAAAUGUAAUCACAGCCAUUUUGUAACCUUUUUUUUUAGCAAUCCUUUUUGUUCAGUUUCCUUUUGUUGUA